AUGGCUCGAAGUCGUCAACCCCCGUUCGUCUGGACACCUGCAAAGGCGCUUGUCCUAGACCGAAUGAAGAAUCCGUGGUGGCGCUUCUAUUAUACUUGGAAACAAUAUAUUCUUGACAUACCGAGACGAGUAGUCAUAGCUCUCUGGAGAGUUACUCUCGCACGUUGGUUCUUUGUCAAGAUAUCUGGAGAUGCAGACGUGGAAAUCGCAACUUUGCGCUUUGUUGCAACACAUACAAGCAUACCCGUCCCUCGAGUUUGGUGGCGUUUUGAUUAUCAAGGUUUCGACUGGAUUGUAUUGAGUCGUAUAACGGGUAGUUCCCUUUCGGAAGUUUGGCCAAAUCUAUCUUUCGACGAGAAAGAGGCAAUCGCCACACAGUUGGCGCGUUAUAUGGCCGAAUUACGAAACCUCCCUCCUCCUCCUGGAACUAUGAUCUCUUCGGUGCUAGGAGGGCCUGUCAAUUGCUCCCGUCUGCACGAAGAUCCUUCGGGACCUUUCCGAGACGAGCAGCAGAUGAACCUGCAAUUGCGCAAUCUUCAGCCACUCGAGUCGUGCUCCGCAACCGUAGUGUCCGCCCAUUCGAGAAUUCACCCCCUCGUGUUCACUCAUAACGAUUUCUAUCCGCGUAACAUCAUGGUCCAGCAUAACAAAGUGACUGCUAUUAUUGACUGGGAGUGUGCCGGGUGGUUUCCUGCGCAUUGGGAGUAUUGCAAGACGAUGAAUUGGGGAACGUGGGUUCAUCCACAUGCGCUGUGGUGCCCAUGGGUCCACAAAUUUAUUCCCCCUUUUUUGAAUGAAGAACAGGCAGAUCGAGAGCUUCUGGAACAAUUUUUUGUGCCGAGUGCGCAUGCACCGUAG